AUGCAUUAUCAUUCCAGUGACGCUGAAGAAACAGAAAAUGAAAUUUCACCAAUGGUUGAAGAUUCGCGUACAUGCGAACAAAAUAUUGGUUAUCAGUUAGAUGAUGAGAAAUGUUACGAUAUACCAGAUGAAGCAAUAGAAAAUCCGAAUGAAAGCGAUAGUGAAGUAAAUGAUGAUGGCGAUGACGAUGAUAAAGAUGCCGACGAUGAUAUACUUGAAUUUAUCAAUACAUUUGAUGUACAUCGUGAACGAAUUUUAUAUAAAUCAUACAAAUUAACCAUUUAUGAAGCUUGUGUCGAGGUAGUUAAACUCGCACAUAUUGAUUGUUCAAAGAAGGUUACCUACUAUUGUCGUGAAUGUUUUCAUCCUUUACUAUCAAUUCAGCAGUCUGCAUGUACUUACGGAUGUUCCUUUAACAAUCAACGUCGAUCAUUUAAAAAUUUGAGUGAACUAGUGAUAUGCGAUGUUAAGCAAGUAAUAGCUCAAGUAGCAAAGCGAUAUGGUAAUAUAAUUCGAGAAUAUCAAAAUGAAACAAAUAUUAUUUUACUUGGUGAUGCAUUAAAUGCUCAGAAGGGUCAAUAUGGCACAGUGGAAGUGAUACCACCAGCACAGAUAUAUGGUGAGGAAUCAACAGAUAUUGUCAAUAAAAAGCCUAAAUGUCAUGGAAAUAAGAAAUUACAACGCUUCAAACGAAAAUGGAGAACACGUGGUUUGAAUGAAGAAGAAAUUGCGACAUUGAUUAAUACAAGAAGCCAUGAUACAUCUGAACAAUCAUUAAACGAGUCAAUGAUGAAUGAUGAAAUUGAAACGUUCAAAAAACGAAAAAGAAGCUCAUCCGAACAAAAAUUAUCAAAUAAAUCUUUAAUAUCAAUGAGCCAAUCAUCCAUAUCACAAGGAGUUUUUAAAAAAAUGAAGAAUUCUCAGAUUGAAACGAAAUCACCUAUUGAUAAUAAUAGCGAUCGCUUGAAUGAAAAAGAUGAUAUUUCUUUUUAUAAGCCAUCGCGGUACUUGAAGAUGCCACGAAAGUUUCUUUUGAAUUCAUUACGCCUUCAAUUAAAUUGCUCUAUAAAAAGAAAAAGAGAACAGCGAUUUACACUUUCACGACUUGAACUAUUUGAUAAACAAUUUUGUCUUCAUCAGAUUCAUCAUUUAUAUCAAAAGUAUUUGGAUUUUGGUCUACAGUAUCAUAUCUGGCCAGUCAGUUGA